ACAACUCUUUUUUCAAAAUUCAAACGAGAUUUCCUCCUCUCCCUAUAUAUUCCCUUCACCCUUAACCUUUUUAAACACACUUUUAUCUUCUCAAAUUGCCUUGCUUAAGUCUUUUCUACUAAACUCUUUAAUUUUUUUUUUUUUAAAAACACCCCACAACCAUGGCUGGAGGAAAGAAGACAAAAGCUUCGAAGAAGAAGGUCACCACCGAGGCUACGAGCUCUGCGCCUCAACCGUUCCCCUACCUGGACGGAUCGUUUCUUGAGUUCGGGUCAAAGGAGGAACUCAACCGGUUCCUCACGCACUUUGCCAAGCGUCCCAUUUCUCCGCCUAGGGUGCUGCCCGAGUUGUACCCUCAACAAAAGGGGUACCACGACCUCGACAAUCAGCUUCAAGCAUCGGGUCUGUGGUCGUUCGUCUCCAGGAGCCGCUCGAGCUUCAAUCCCGCCUUUGUGCAAGCCUUCUACUCCAAUCUCCGCCGUGACGGGGACACCAUUCGCAGCAGCAUCAAUCUCUACGACAUAGAGAUUGAUUUGCCUACCUUUGCUCGGGUCGCAGGGCUGCCCAUCCGCGGUGACAACAUCGCAACCUAUGGUGGCGACGAUUGGAUCCUCAACAACGAGGCGGUCGUCAUUCGUGAGCUUGGGAUCACCAACUUGAUCCGCCACAGCGGCGCACCGGCGAUUCACUCGGCCCCACCGGACAAGCGCAUCCUCCUCUACAUCAUCACCCGGAUUCUCCGCCCCCGGGACAGCAGCCAUACCUCGCUCUUCAACGAGGACUUGAAGGCGAUUCAUGCCAUCAUCCACGGCGCCUCCAUCAAUUGGGUGAAAUUCGUGAUGAUCCACAUGGCUGAUUGCGCCUCCAUCGCCACUGAGCGGAGCUUGCCAUACGCCUUCCUCGUCAUGGACCUCAUCAUCUCCGCCGACAUCUCCAUCGCAGGCCCGGAUACGAAGAUGACAAAGAUUUGGAUAAUCCAAGACAGCACCUUCCGGAAAAAGUCCGGAGACCGGGACGACGCAGGCCCGAGUCGUGCACCAGCCCCCGCUCCUGCCAAGGCCUCUUUGCAAUCCAUAGCCGAUACUCUGAAUCGGCUAACCCUCACAGUGGAUGGCAUAGGGCAGUCAAUCGAGCAGAUCGACUGGACGCUGCAACGCCAACACCACGACAUGACGGCGUUCUUCCGCGGCAUCAACUACGUCCCGCCGCCUUUUGACAGCACCUUCCUCGGCCAAAACUAUGAAGGCGAGGACGAGGAGGAUAACUCCUAUGCUCCAUCCUCCUCCCCCGACGAGGCUGACUUUGAAGAUGCGGUCGACGGCGAUCCCAUGGACGUCGAGGACGACGAGGAUGACGACGAGGACGCCGAUGCUUAGACUUCUCUUUUCUCUUCUUCCUAUGAUUGUAUCUCUUAUUUUUUCUUCCAUUCCGUUGUAUUCUGCAUUUCCCUUUUUCAUGAAUAAAAGUUUACUUUUACAAUUCUAAAGUUUACUUUUAAUUCUUUUUGUUAAUGUCAAAAGGGGGAAGAUAUUAAGGUUAUGCAUAAAUUAAGGGGGAAUUU